UGUCAUUUUCAAAAAACGAAAAAUCGGAAAUGCUCCACAUGAAAAUCGGAAUGGAGCUUCCUCCAUUGGUAUUAAAUGUCAUGUGUAUCCAUCUAGGCACAUUUAAGAUAAAUUGGUGAAUGAAUCUCAGAUUUUUGUCUCUUGUCUUGAAAUUAAAUCUAUUACCGACUAUCAGAAAGACAGACGAAAAGAAAUCUAUCGUACUUGCUGUCAUUUUAAACAAUGUAAAUUGCUAUCUAUAUCUGUAUAUACCUAUCUUCUAUAUAAAAAUAAGGAGAUGAGGUAUGAUUGCCAAUGAGACAACUAUCCACCAAAGUUAAAAUAAAGUGGAUGUAAAUAAUUAUAGGCAACCGUACAGUCUUCAACAAUGAGAAAAACCCAUACCGUAUAGUAAAUAGUCGGUUCCUAUAACAUUGAGCAAAAUAUUAAUAAAUCUUCUGAUAUUUUUUUCAGAAUGUUAAGAGCAAAAAAUAAAUCACAUAUAUUGAAAUAUAACCUGAAAUCGCUCGAGAAUGCUGUCGAGACCGUUAAGACAGGCCAAAUGUCCGUGAGAAAGGCAGCGGAGCAUUUCAACGUGCCUAAGUCAACCGUUGGGGAUAGAGUUACCGGAAAAAGAAAUAUACAAGUUGGCAGGGGCCGCAAACCAGCCCUGCCCCUAGAAUUGGAAAAUUCAAUAGUUAAAUCUGUAAAACGGGCAUCACAGUUAGGAGUUGGUAUAUCACGCAGGCAACUUCUUGUGAGAACUGGGACAUUAGUUAAAAGGCUAAAGAUCAAAACGCCUUUCAAAAACUCUAUACCAGGAAAAGAUUGGUGGCAGAAUUUGAAAGAACGCCACAAUGACCUAGUUAUUAGAAAGCCUGAAAAAACAGGCUCCCUUAGAUGCAGGAUGAUGAACAGACAGAAAGUAGAAGAGUAUUUUCAGGAAUUGGAGAAAAUUCUGAUUGAAAAGGAUAUUACAAAUAAACCUAAAGUUAUUUGGAACAUGGACGAGACGGGUAAAUCAUUUGAGCAUGACCCAGUUAAAGUAUUGGCAGAGAAGGGUGCUAGAAAUGUCCCAGGUCGCACUAGUGCUAUGAGUACGCACGUAACAAUCGUAGCUUGUGUGAACGCGGAGGGGCAGAAAAUGAGUCCACUGUUAAUUGUACAGGGCAAAACAGAGAGGUCUGUAUUUGGAUUUAAUACCACAGAGGCCCCGAGUGGCACUAUGUGGGAUUAUCAAGACAGUGGUUGGAUGAACGACAGAAUCGGUGAGAAAUGGUUUAAGGACAUUUUCCUGAAACAAUGUGGAGGGGAUCGACCCCAGCUGUUGAUCCUCGACGGACACUCGUCACAUGAAUCACUGGCUUUGAUCCAAGAAGGAAUCAAGGAAGACAUAGUAAUUUUGUCUUUGCCACCACAUACCACUCAUUAUUUACAACCACUGGAUCGAUCAGUAUUUGGCCCAUUCAAUAAACAAUAUGAUAGAGCCUGCUCGGAGUUCUUGCAGGAGAAUAUGCUCCACAAAAUUGACAAAUGGACAUUCCCAAGUUUGUUUAAAACUGCAUGGAAUGAGGCUCUAAGCAAAGAAAACAUCAAAAGUGGAUUCAGAGCAUGUGGUAUAUAUCCCUUUAACACUCAUGCCAUACCGUCGGAGGCCUAUCUCCCUAGUGAAGCAUCGGAAAACAAAGAUAAAGCCCCUACAUCUGACCAAUCAUCUGACAAAUCCAACGCCAACUGUAGUACCACAGCACAAGUGUAUAGCGCAACAGCAAUUCCAACGGCAUCUGGCGAUGAAAUGGUAUCAAUUGAAAAUAAAGGGCAAGCGUCAACCAUGUCAGAAGCGGGUGAUUUCAUACAACCAGAAAUUGAUGACCCCGAAGCUUUACUUCAACUUAUCUUGGAUAACAAGAUACAUUUAGUCGGUACCGUGGAUGAUGAUGGUACGAUGGAAUUGUCUGAGAGUUGGAACACCGAAGUACAUUCGUUGUUUCUCCCAUUUGAAUCAAAUGCCCAAGAAAAUAACAAAGUCGCCCCAGAGACUAAAACAAAAAAGUCUAAAAACGUUUCAAAACAAUCACACCGUCUUCUAACAAGUGAAGAAGUAGUAAAGGAAAAACUCUUAAUGCAGCAAAAGAAAGAGGAAAGAGAAAAGAAAAAGGCAGAAAAUAAACUUAAAAAAGUUGAGAGAGAAAUGAAGAAAGCUGAAGUGGAGUCAAAAAAGGCUACUAAAUGUAAAAGUAGAAAGGACAAAAAAGUGAAAACAGAAAAUUAAGUGAGGUCUAUUAAUACAAUUUUAAAUUAUUUGUAUGGACAUAAAAGCGAAAUCAAUCAGCGUUGUAUGGACAAAAUAAAUUAUCCCUGUGUUGA